GUGUUGGAUUUACAAGUUUUUUCAUUUUUAAAUAUAUCACCUAGAUGACAAUGGAAGAAGCUCAAUGACAAAUAAUGAAAUAACUCACGUGAACUUAAGAGUUUUAAGGCUGCUUUCGUAACUUCUUUUUGUUAUUGUGUAAUUGCAUAUUAGUUGAUGUAGUUAUUAAUAUUGUGUGUAUUUUAAUUUUUUUUUUUAUGUGACAGACAAUUGUUGCACCAAUUUUAUUAAUGGAUUUUAGUUCAGAUUUAGAGUUGAAGCCUAGAAUUGGUAUGCAAUUUGAUAGCUUGGAUGAGGUUUGGAUGUUUUGGGUGCAAUAUGGAGGGAAAUCAGGAUUUGGAGUGAGAAAACAUUACAGUAACAAGAACAAGAAAACUGGUCAUAUAACAUCAUACAAAUAUGUUUGUUGUAAGGAGGGUAUUCGUAAAGCAGACAAAAGAGAUUCUUUGGCACUCAAUCCUCGACUUGAAACCCGAACAGAUUGUAAAGUAAGAUUGGGAGUCACUUACAUGGAUGGUAAGUAUAAAAUAAAUGAGUUUAUUGAAGAACACAAUCAUCCUCUCCAUCUUCCCGAGACAGUUCAUAUGUUGUCUUCCCAACGUAAAAUAACAGAAAUUCAAGCACAUGAGAUUGAUUUGGCAGAGGAUGCUGGACUCAGACAGAAAUCAGCUUAUAAUUUGUUGAUUAGAAGAGCAGGGGGGAGAGAUGGCAUUGGUUACACCAUGUUGGAUGCUAAGAAUUAUCUACGUUCUAAAAGGCAAAGAAGCAUGGUAUAUGGUGAAGCCGGUUGUCUAAUGAGAUAUUUUCAACAAAAGUUAUCUGAAAAUCCUUCAUUUUAUCAUGCUAAUCAGAUGGAUAUGGAAGAGCAGAUAACUAAUGUGUUUUGGGCAGAUGCAAGAAUGUUGAUAGACUAUGAGUAUUUUGGUGAUGUUGUGUCAUUAGAUACCACAUAUUGCACGAAUCGUGCAAAUAGACCGUUAGCUAUAUUUUCAGGUUUCAAUCAUCAUAGAAAAGCUGUGAUUUUUGGCGCAUCACUUUUGUAUGAUGAGACGGCGGCGUCAUUCAAAUGGUUGUUCGAAACUUUUUUGGAAGCUCACAAGCAAAAAAAGCCGUUCACUGUCUUUACAGAUCAAGAUCAAGCUAUGGCAAAGGCCUUACACGAGGUACUGCCCGAGACAGCUCAUGGAUUAUGUACAUGGCACUUAAUGCAAAAUGGCAUCAAACACUUAGGAAAUUUGAUGAAAGAAGGAUCACGUUUUUUAACAGAUUUUAAGAGAUGUAUGUAUAGCUUUGAUGAUCAGGCCCAAUUUGAGGAGGCUUGGAGUAGCUUAUUGACACAAUAUAGUCUCCAAGACAACACAUGGUUGAAACAUGUUUAUAGUGUAAAGGAGAAAUGGGCUGGUUGCUACAUGAAUGCGUUCACGCUUGGGAUGAGAAGCACACAACUUAGUGAGAGUGUCAAUUCCGAUAUCAAGAAGUGCAUGAAGCCCAACUUGAACAUUAUGCAAUUUUUUAAUAAUUUUGAGCAGGUUGUGGAGGAGAAGAGAUAUAGUGAGCUAAGGUGUGAUUUUGAAGCACGCCAGAAAUUGCCUAGAUUGAGUUUAGAGAGUUCUCCGAUGUUGCAACAACUUUCCAAGGUUUAUACUCCAUCUGUCUUUGAUCUAUUUCAAAAAGAGUUUGUUUUAUUUGCAGCUGCCUACAUAAAGCAUAAACAAGAAACUCCAUCAUCCUUUGAAUAUGUUAUUGGAUUGAUCAAUCAUGAUAGAGAAUGGAGGGUGACACAUGAUCCUAAUACAAAGAUGCUUAUAUGUAGUUGUCGAAGAUUUGAGAUGGUUGGAUUAAUAUGUUGUCAUAUUGUGAAAGUGUAUGAUGUGAUGGAUAUAAAAAUACUUCCGGAGCAUUAUAUUUUGAAAAGGUGGACAAGAGAAGCUAGGAGUGGUGUAGUACAAGACUAUGUAGGUAAUGAAGUUGAAGAAGAUCCUAAAUUACAAAGUACAGAGAGGUAUCGAAAAUUAUGCCGGAUGCUUAUAAGAUUGGCAACUGAAGCUUGUAUUUACCCAUCAACAUUUUCCUUGGUGCAUGAAACAAUGCAUGAUUUGAGUAAGAAAGUGAUGGAAAUGCGUUUAAUGGAGGAUGGCCAAGAAAAUAAGAAUAGUGUGAGGACCUCUCCAUCAAUCUCUUCUAUGCCAUCAAGAAGAUUCAAACAAAGAAUUGGAAUGAAAGGGUCGAAACGACUAAAGAGUUGGGUAGAACUUCAGUCAAAGCGAAACAAAACAAAUCAUAGAGUGAAGAAUCUUGGAGCAAAAAGUGCACUAUCCGCUUCUUGUUCGACACCUCCAGAACCUAAUGUGUGCCUUCAAAGAGCCACAAAUCAAUUUAGCUUCACCGAUUUGUUGACGGCACCCCUUCAUCAAUCUUUACAUUAUGUUGAUGGAAUGUAUUUCAAUGGAGAUACAUCUAGUGUCAAUAUUCAAGAUCAAGAUUUUUGA